AUAUGAGUUGGUAGCAUUGUUUGAUUACACUCUUUUAAACUUAAAAUUCCAAAUAAACGUAUUUAACUUAAGUAGAACUGAUUGUUUGGGAAUGUUUCCGUCUUAAUUUUUUAAUUCAUAUAAUUUAAAUUAUAAUAAAUAAAUUAACCUGUUUAUGAAGCUAAUGCAAAAAAUUUUGUUAUGGACUCUGCUAUUACUAUUGGUGGCUAUAUAGUUCCAAACGAAGUGAACAGUGAAUUUUAUAGUACGACGCCUGCGACAAUGGAACAAGAUUCUGAAAUAAAUAGGAUUUGUAAAGAAAUAUCAUAUUCUACAGAAACCAUUAAACCAAAUGAUAUAUAUAGUGUUUUGAUAGAUAAUGUAUACGACCCUUCUAAGUUUUGGUUAAUCUUGCAUGUAAAGGAAAGACAACUAUUUGAACAAUAUAUAACUAAUUAUUAUAAAGAGAAGAAAAUUCUAAUGACGGAGAAUCAUAUAAAAAUGUAUGCAACCUGCAUAGUGUGUAUAGAUUCUGUAUAUUAUCGUGCAAUUGUUUUACCUACACUUCUACAAAAUAAAGCAAAAUUACGUGUCUUUUUAAUAGAUUAUGGCCAGUGUGUGAAUAUUGCAUUAGAUAAUAUAUUUUAUAUUUUUAAGAAACAUAGAACUGUACCUAGAUUUGCUAUAAGAGGAGCAUUAGCAGAUGUAGUACCAAUAAAUCGUCAUGAACCAUGGACUCGAGCAGAUCUAUACGAAUUUUCAUUGUUAAUAUCAGAAAAACGACUCUUAGCGAAAAUAAUAGAAAUAGAUUCCCAAGAAAAAGUGUUGCACAUAGCUUUGUUCAGCGUUAACGAAUCUGCAGUUGUUUCCAUAAACGAAAAGUUGAUUGAAAAUGGUAUAGCUACGCACGGAACGUGGAUUUACAAUUCUAACUAUAAAAUAAGCAAAUAUAGAAGGAAAAUCAAAUACAUGCAUUUGAUUCCUACUUUUCACGCUAUCGAAACCGGUAUGGUGCCAUCAUCUUUAUGGGAACAAAGUUUAAUCAAAGAAGUACCAUUGGAUUUAUUACAGAGACCUUAUUAUGAAUACCAAAAUAUUAAUUGCAGUAUUUUUGAUAGUUAGCAAUAAAAGGGUUCCAAGUAACUUACUGAAGAGAGAUUUUAAUAUACUGUGAAAAAAACUCCACUUAUGAAAUCGAAGUUUUUAUGAAAUUAUUAAUUGCACAAUAAUAUUUCAAACACAUCUUCAACGAGCUUACUACCUCAGGUUUUAUUUUCUGAAGCCUGUCUGGUAAAGAUGAAAUUAAAAGGACCUAUUCGAUAGUGAGAUGAGCCUACUAUAGACUUGGUGUUUGGCUCUACUCAAGCUCGUUGAAGAUGCGUUUAGGAUGUCUUCAGGUCAGAGACAUUUGAAUGAUCUGAUCAGUAAUGAGCUGAGGCUACAUCACACUGUUCAGAAGGGAGUUGAGGCUACUUCUUUAAUUUUCUGUAGCCUGUCAAGUCACAAUAUAUCCUUUAGGUAGCAGUCUAUACGCUAAAAACCACAAUAACCAUAUACAUGUAGGGAUAUCUUGGUUGUCUAGGGUUUUCUUCGUAAACAGCUGGGUAAUGGAAAACACUUUAUUAUUAUGGAAUUCAAACAAUGACAACACUUUACUUAUAUACAAUUUAAAUAAUAGAACUAAGGUUGAUAGUAAAAAUAUUCGUAUAUGUGGUUGCUACGUUAAAUGAGUGGGAAAUCGUAUUUAUCGCUCAGGAAUUUGUCUUAAUUGCGCGGGAAAUCGUCACAAGCGCAUGGAAAAUCGAGUUCAUAAUACGUAAAUUUCGCGGAAAUUCGUCUUAAUUGCGCUGAAAUUGCUUUAAUUAAACGGGGGUUUUACUCAAGAGUAAAUUUCGUUUGAUUACGCGCAAAUUCGUCUUAAUUGCUCGGAAAAUUGUCUUGACUACGCGGGAAUUUGCCUUAAUUACACGGGAAACUGUCUUAAUUAUACUGGACUUCGUCAUGUCCACGCAGGAAUUUGGCAUAAUUGUGCGGGAAUUUGUCUUAAUUAAGCGGGAAUUUAUCUUAAUUAUACAGGAAAUCGCUUUAAAUACACGGAAAUUUGGCAAUUGCGCUUGACUUUGUCUUGAUUUUGUGAGGAAUAGUUUUAAUUAAGCAGUAAAUUGGCUCAAUUUCGAGAUGAUUUGGCUUAAUUACGCGGAAAAUCGCCUUAAUUAAGCGAAAAUUUGCCUCAAUUACACGGAAAAUCGUCUUAAUCAAGCGAAAAUUUGCCUUAAUUACACGGAAAAUCGCCUUAAUUAGAAUUAAUUAUUCGGGUGUUCGUCUUAAUUCCGUAACCUUCUGUGUCUUAUUCCCGACUGACUCGAAUGCUAUUAUGGCUAUAUGGCAUUAGACUGCUUGAAUAGAGCUAGUGUUUCAUGCGUGACUGUGGUAGAUGGAGUAGAGAAAUAAUCUUAAUCCUACAUACAUAUAUAGUAAACGAUGUAAGAAAAAAUGGUAAAGAAUAACUUAUUUACGUAAAAAUUGUGGCUUCGGAUGACAAUCUAUGAUGUGUAUCAGAUGAUAUCUCCGCUACUUUCCAAGUUAUAUUUUUGUAAAAUAUGAAAAAAUACUCAUCAAUAUACAUAUGUUGUAAAUAACUUGAUAGUUUCAAUAAAUAAAAUUCGUUUCUU